UAUGGAAGCAAAAGCAGAAAAGCACAGAUAAGCUGAGAUCCAGCUAUGCAAACCAUGUUUAGAGACACUUAAAGGACAAGCAUCCCAACUCCUUUCUUUCUGGUAAAUUUAGAGAAGCUAUCAUAUGAGGUCUUUUUUUCCAUUCCUCUGUACACACAACUGCUGAGCCUUGACAGAGUAGUCCAGAAACAUCAGACUCCACACUUGACACAAGAUGCCAACUGCCCCUUCUGAAACCAGGCUUGGGAUGCCCUUUCCUGCAUGGACAAAGACACCAUGCCCUAUUCAAAGGGGUUUGUGAAGCGGGAAUUUUUUCAAGCAAGGAUGAAUUAAAGGAAGUACUACCUUGUCAGUUGCAGAAUUUGGCUCCCUUCUUUUCCAAGGUUGGAAAGCACUUGGAAGCUGGCCAGAGAAAGCUACCAUGCUGAAAUUAAGUAACUCCUCCACCUUCCCUUCAGGCUUUCAUCUUUUCAGUAUUGUGGCACUUCUGUUGUUCCAUGUGGACAAAGUGCUGGCAGAAAGCCCAAGUGAAGAGCCUGCCAAUAAAUCAGAAUGUUCUGGUUCAUAUAUUUGCAAGAAGGGCAUCAUUUUACCAAUAUGGGAGCCCCAAGACCCUUCAUUUGGUGAUAAAAUUGCGAGAGCUACAGUGUAUUUUGUAGCUAUGGUCUAUAUGUUCCUAGGGGUAUCCAUCAUUGCUGACCGCUUCAUGUCCUCUAUAGAAGUCAUUACAUCUCAGGAGAGGGAGAUAACAAUCAAGAAGCCCAAUGGUGAGACCAGCAAAACCACAGUGAGGAUUUGGAAUGAGACUGUUUCCAACUUAACAUUGAUGGCUCUGGGCUCUUCAGCACCUGAGAUUCUUCUUUCUGUUAUAGAAGUGUGUGGUCAUGGUUUCACAGCAGGAGAUCUUGGGCCCAGCACCAUUGUGGGAAGUGCUGCUUUUAACAUGUUCAUCAUCAUAGCAAUUUGUGUCUACGUGGUCCCUGAUGGUGAGAUAAGGAAGAUUAAGCACCUACGAGUGUUUUUUGUUACAGCAGCUUGGAGCAUCUUUGCCUAUACUUGGCUUUACAUUAUUUUAUCUGUCUCAUCUCCUGGGAUUGUGGAUGUCUGGGAAGGCUUGCUUACUUUUUUCUUCUUUCCCAUCUGUGUGGUGUUUGCAUGGGUGGCAGACAGAAGGCUUUUAUUUUACAAGUAUGUCUACAAGAGGUAUAGGGCAGGCAAGCAGAGAGGCAUGAUCAUUGAACAUGAAGGUGAUAGGCCAUCAUCCAAAGCUGACAUUGAAAUGGAUGGAAAAGUGAUUAAUUCCCAUGUAGAGAACUUCUUGGAUGGUACUCUGGUUCUAGAAGUUGAUGAGAAGGACCAAGAUGAUGAGGAAGCCAGGAGGGAAAUGGCUCGGAUCCUGAAGGAACUGAAGCAGAAACACCCUGACAAAGAAAUAGAACAACUAAUUGAGCUAGCCAACUAUCAAGUCCUGAGUCAACAGCAGAAGAGUCGAGCCUUUUAUCGUAUUCAGGCCACUCGACUAAUGACUGGAGCGGGCAACAUCCUGAAGAGGCAUGCUGCUGACCAAGCUCGGAAAGCAGUCAGCAUGCACGAGGUCAACAGUGAGGUGGCGGAAAAUGACCCUAUCAGUAAGAUUUGCUUUGAGCAGGGCACCUACCAGUGUCUAGAGAACUGUGGCACAGUUGCACUGACCCUCAUUCGGCGGGGUGGCGAUCUGACUAACACAGUGUAUGUUGAUUUCCGAACAGAAGAUGGCACAGCCAAUGCCGGAUCUGACUAUGAGUUUACUGAAGGCACUGUGGUUUUCAAACCGGGGGAGACACAGAAAGAAAUCCGAGUCGGCAUAAUUGAUGAUGAUAUCUUUGAGGAGGAUGAGAACUUCCUUGUUCACCUCAGCAAUGUGAGGGUAAGCUCUGAAGCCUUGGAUGAGGGCAUUCUGGAAGCCAACCAUGUAGCAACGCUGGCCUGCCUGGGCUCCCCCUCUACUGCCACAGUGACCAUCUUUGAUGAUGAUCAUGCUGGCAUCUUUACCUUUGAGGAGCCUGUCACUCACAUCAGUGAGAGUGUUGGAACCAUGGAAGUGAAAGUGCUAAGAACAUCUGGAGCCCGAGGAAAUGUUAUCGUGCCCUACAAAACCAUUGAAGGCUCAGCCAAAGGCGGAGGAGAAGACUUUGAGGAUACUUGUGGAGAGCUUGAAUUCCAGAAUGACGAGAUUGUGAACCAGGGAGCAUUUCGUGACACUGAGAAGUGGAAAGGUCACAGAACACUAAAGGGAAGCACUUUCUCCACAGUGCACAGCUGGCAGGUGGGAUUCAUGGCGACAAGGCUGCACAGUAGUCAAGACAAAACAAUAUCAGUCAAAAUAAUUGAUGAUGAGGAGUAUGAGAAAAACAAGACCUUCUACCUUGAGAUUGGGGAGCCACGUCUGGUGGAGAUGAGUGAGAAGAAAGCCCUGUUGUUGAAUGAGCUUGGUGGCUUCACAAUAACAGGAGGGAAACUUUUGAACGGCAAACCCGUCUUCAGGAAAGUCCAAGCCAGAGAACAUCCGUUUCCUUCAACCGUAAUCAGCAUUCAAGAUGAGAAUGAAGAGAAGCAGCCACUGACAAGCAAAGAGGAGGAAGAGGGGCGCAUUGCAGAGCUUGGGCGUCCAGUCCUGGGAGAGCAUACCAAGUUAGAAAUCAUUAUUGAAGAGUCCUAUGAGUUUAAGAAUACUGUGGACAAACUCAUUAAGAAGACAAACUUAGCCCUUGUAGUUGGAACAAACAGCUGGAGAGAACAGUUUAUUGAAGCUAUCACUGUCAGUGCUGGAGAAGAUGAUGAUGAAGAUGAAUGUGGGGAAGAGAAGCUGCCCUCCUGUUUUGAUUAUGUGAUGCACUUUUUGACCGUCUUCUGGAAGGUCCUUUUUGCCUUUGUGCCCCCCACAGACUACUGGAAUGGUUGGGCCUGCUUUGUUGUCUCCAUCUUGAUGAUUGGCCUCCUGACAGCUUUCAUUGGGGACUUGGCAUCCCAUUUUGGCUGCACCAUCGGCUUGAAGGAUUCUGUGACUGCAGUCGUGUUUGUUGCACUUGGAACUUCGGUACCAGACACGUUCGCCAGCAAAGUGGCUGCUACACAGGAUCAAUACGCAGACGCCUCAAUUGGGAACGUCACAGGGAGCAAUGCUGUGAAUGUCUUCCUGGGGAUUGGGGUGGCCUGGUCCAUCGCCGCUAUCUACCAUGCAGCCCAUGGGGAAGUAUUCCGUGUCUCCCCUGGCAGCUUGGCUUUCUCCGUCACCCUCUUCACCAUUUUUGCUUUUAUCAGUGUGGGUGUGCUGCUCUACCGCCGGAGACCUGAAAUUGGAGGUGAGCUGGGUGGGCCGCGGACUGCCAAGCUUCUGACAUCCAGCCUCUUUGUGCUCCUUUGGCUUUUGUACAUAUUCUUCUCAUCUCUGGAAGCCUACUGCCACAUAAAGGGCUUCUAAAGGAACAAUCAGAGAUAGUAAAUAUAUAUAUCUAUAUAUCUAUAUAUCUAUAUGUAUCUAUAUAGAGAAAUAUAUAGAUAUAGAUAUAGAUAUAACAUGUCUAAAGAACAGAGAAAGAAGAAAAGGCCUUUGCCAUGUUCACUUACCUGCUGAUGGAAUGCAGCUUUGGAGCAUUCUUUGUACUAAAUAGGAGUAAGAAUUCAGCAAGAUUCUAAACCAGGGGCAACAUCCUAUUAAAGGAGGCAUGGAUACAAGGCCAUCUUUGCAAAGCUGCCUGCAAGAGUGUACGGUAAUGACUGAGUCCUUUGUUAUUUUUUUCCCUCCCCUGGGAGGAUUGGCCUGAAUGCAAUGUGGGCUUUUUUUUUUGAUAAGGUGGAGGCCAGACUAGCCAUUAAGAAACUGAGUGGUGAACCAGGGAAGGAGAGAAAUAAGGUAGCUCAUGACUUUCUUACAAAAAUCAAUUUGCCUUCAUGACUUGAGAACAUGCAUAUCUGUCCCCAUUGGAGAAAAGCAAGUCUGGACUGAAAAAGGAAGGUCAGGGGUGUGAGAGCUUUCUAAGAAUAUACCGUAAAGCCUGCUGCCAUUCUUGUUUUGAUGCCCUGUUGAUUAGCCAGUUGUUAGAACACUGAGGUUUGAAAAAAACGGGCAAUCUUUUUCCUUAUUUAUUUUGGGCUGUCUUACGAUCAGCAUAUGAUCCUCCAAAGACCCAACCGUCGAGAUCAGUGAGCUCUCCCUUUCCUCCCAUCUGUGCUCUGUAGACGCGUGUCCAAAUCCUUCGUCCAAGUCUCAGUUUCAGUUCCAAAAGAAUCUUGUGGGCUUUCCUUUCAUCGGCCAUCCGCUCCCUGCCCAGCGCAGUGCAUUGCUCCUGUCUCAUGCUCCUGUUUGGGAAUGCUGUUGCGGUACUUGUAACACUUUGCAUGAAUGAAGCAAACUGUAUAUGUAUAUAGCAUCGAAUAGUGAUAGUCCACCCAGCAAUGUGGAUUGAACGUUGAAGACAUGAGUGAGUUUUCUUUUCACCCAGUUUUAUUCUUUUUUUUCUUUAGUUUUGUUGGGAUAAUGGGAGGGAAACAGUUUAUCCUUCGUUGCUCUGUGCAUGGGUUUCUAAGAAGCAAUAAUGAAGAGCUAUGUGACUGUGGAUGUGAAGGGGAAGAAUCUGUGCAAAAAACACCAUAAAAGGCUUCCAGAGUGAAACAGUGGAUCCACUGAAGGCAGUUGUGAGACUCCCAUUGCCUUCAGUGGUGCCAGGGUUUCCCCCAAGGUAGUCUGGUCCACAAGUCACUGAAGUCCACGUGCAGAAUUUCACUGAUUUCAGGAAGUUUUAGCACAGGCCUACAAAGACUGGCAUACUGCCUUUAGGGCUGCAUCCUGCCUCCUUUGCUCCUGGGUCAUAGAACUUGGUUCUACAAUUGGUCCUUUAGAAAUCAAUGGGGCAAAGUCCUACUCAGCCUGAUGAAGAGUGGCAGCAUCAGCCUCUCUCUAUAAGCAAAACAUGCCUGGGCUUCACCAGCACCAGUUUUUUCCCAGAAAACUUGUACAUUUUCUCUGUCUACCACCAAUAGCAGAUAUCAUUAUUAGUGAACAGUGGUUGCAGAAUCCCUGCUUUCCAUUCCUGGUGUCAUGUGCACCCGUCACUGAUAUUCAGCUACAGCCCUGUGAGCAAACAUUAAGCCAUGAGCAAUUGGUGGGUCUUUAAAACUGUAUCUCUUCAAGGGUCACUUGAAGACUGAACAGUUCAGUGUCAGGUUUAGAGGAAUAUCAUUGUUUCCAAGCUCUCUGGUGCUCUUGGUUCUGCCAUUGCAAUGUUCUUACCAGAGAAGGGCAAAUCUUGCAUUGUCCAGCAGCGAAUGCAUUUAUCACUAGGGAUUAUUAUUUAUUAUUCACUGCACACCAACAAUGCACUCGCUCGAUACUAUACAAUGCACAGAUGUCAAGAUAAUCCCUGCUCUGGAGAACUUGUUUUCUAGAUAACAGAUAUCAGCGACUGAAAAGGAAAGAGCUCCCCCUAGCUUAUUUGCUUUUGUUGUGUGUGUUCUUUAUGAAGCAGUAACUCAGGAGGAGGGAUUUGAACCAGGAGAGGGUUUGGCCUGGGGUUCCACAUGUGCAGAGCAACACAGAAUGACCUUUAGGAAAAAAUCAGAGAAGAGAAUCAAGGUUGCAGCCCUAGAGAAGGAAGUGGGAUUCCUGAGCUAAACCAGGGCUCAGAGCCUUAAAGCAGUUGUAAAGUGGUCAGGAUUCCUGCACCUACCGAAUGCAUUAGCUUCACAGGGGGCUGCUAAGCCCAUCUACUUGGACCAUACCUCCCUGCCCCCCCCCGCUUUCCAACUGUUACCUGUGUGAUGGAUAGCUAUAGGUAUGCAGAUGCACAGGCAGACACAGUCCCAGCUCCUAUAGCAAGGUGCACACAAGUGCUACAUUUGAGGGCUGGCAUGAACACCUUGCACAAAGCAGAUGGCAGUUUAAGGGAAGAUUAGGGCCCAAUCCUGCCAUUUAGGUUUGAAGGUCACCUGCUGUGAGUCACCCCAUUAUCUCUCAAGGAGUCACCCAUUGUAAGGAAGUGUGGUAGAACUGGGCCCUAAUGGAUCAUCCUUGCCAAAGUAAAUGAGAAGCCAGGCUUCAGGGUCACAACACAGUGGUUCCUAGCAUCUCUUCUGCCUCCCUUGUGACUCCCCUAAAAUCAAUGCGGUAAAGAGAAUUUCACAUUUAAAGUCCAUGGAAAAUCUGAGUACCAAUCAGAGGCUCAUGUGUGUUUGUCUGUAUGUGUCUGUGUGUGCAUGUAUACGUAUAUACAUACAUAUAUGUGUGUGUGUAUGAAAAGUAUAUGCACAUAUAUGUGUACACACAUAUAUAUAUUAUAAAGCUAGAUCCUCAAUUGACAUUCAUCAGCAUCACUCAGUCAACUUCAGCAGAGAGAGAUGCCAAUUUGUAAACCCAUUGAUUAUCUGGCCCUAAAUAUUGCAAAAGAACUGUUCAGCAGAGAAACUGCAGGGAUAAAAUUCUGCAUCUGCCCUCCUCAAUGUCUCUUUCAUUUGCAUUCUUUCCUUGGCCUUGCUUGUAACCCAAGCUAGCCUAAAUCAUACCCAGCACAUCACUUGGUAGUUUCUUCUGAUCUAGCUGGAGGUUGUGUCUGACGUUUCUGUAACAAUUGGCUGGGGUAUUUUGCACUUGUUUUGAACAAUCUGUGGAAGACUUUAAUUAUCCUGUUGUAAGUUUUCAUUUAGGAAUAUAAUGAACUUUUUUUGUUCUUGUAGACAUGAUUUUCACUUUAAAGGGUUUUUGAUCCUUUUAUUGUUCUUUCUUGGGUAAAAAUGAAAAGACUGAUUCAGGGUGUUCAGGGUUAUUAUUGCAUUUGUGUACAAUGAUUUCAUUUUCAUUUGUUUGCCUUCAUUGAUUUUUAUUUGUGUGUAUUGUCCACAACCCUAGUCAGUGAGUACACUAAUUGUGAUGAUCCGUAUCUAUGGUACACAGCCACACCGAAAAAUAAAGUUUCUAUUGAUUCCUGAUU